CUGGGCCCGGCCACCUGAGAGUCGCCUCCCGCUCUCUGCGGCUGGCCUGCUUCUCCGAGCCCCGCGGCGGCGGCGGUGGCGGGCGGCAUGCGCGUGUGAGAUGCGGCCGCGGGCAGCCCGGACGCGAGUAGCGGCCCCUGCGGCGGCGGUGCGGGCGGGCGCAGCCUCCUCGGCGCGGGGCGCGCGGUGCAUGAGGGCGAGCACGCGGGCACCGGGCAGCCGCCGGCCGCGCCGCCUCCAUAAACAUUUGUUCAGGACUCGUUCGCCCCGCUGAGGUCCGCGGCGCCCUCAGCGCGCCAUGGAGGCCCUGUCGGACCCCGAGCUCCACGCCUCGGCCUCGGCCUCGGCUGCGGCCGCGGCGCCCCUGCGCGCCCGGGAGGUGGGGCGGCUCCGCGAGGAGCAGGAAAAGGUGGUCACUAACUGCCAAGAGAAAAUCCAGCACUGGAAGAAGGUAGAUAGUGACUACAGUGCCCUUCAGGAGAGGCUGAGCACCUUGCCGGACAGGCUGUCCUACAACGUCAUGGUACCAUUUGGCCCCUUUGCCUUCAUGCCAGGAAAACUUGUCCACACUAAUGAAGUCACCGUUUUACUCGGGGACAACUGGUUUGCCAAGUGCUCAGCAAAGCAGGCCGCAGGCUUAGUCGAGCACCGGAAAGAACAUGUAAGAAAAACAAUAGAUGAUUUAAAAAAAGUGAUGAAAAAUUUUGAAUCCAGAGUUCAAUUCACAGAAGAUCUGCAGAAAAUGAGUGAUGCAGCAGGUGAUAUUGUUGACAUAAGAGAAGAAAUUAAAAACGACUUUGAGUUCAAAGCAAAACACCGAAUUGCUCAUAAACCUCAUUCCAAACCAAAAACUUCAGAUAUUUUUGAAGCAGAUUUUGCAAAUGAUGGAAAACCCAAAGAUUGGCUUGCUGAUGAAGAACUCUGGGCUCGACUUGAAGAACUAGAGAGACAGGAAGAAUUGCUGGGUGGACUUGAGAGUAAACCUGAUACUGUGAUUGUGAAUGGAGAAGAUACCGCAUCUUCUGAAGAGGAAAAGGAGGGUCGAAACACACAUGUGGAUGUGAUGCCCCAAGUGACAAACUCCAUUGCUCCCGGCAGUUGUCUUACAGGGGGUGCAAGUUCAGAACUUUUCAAUGGGCAAAUGCACACUCAGUCGAACUGUUCAGUGAAUGGUUCGGAUUCUUAUCACAGUGAUGAAGAUGAUGAUGAUGACGACGAUGGUGAUAAUGACCUUGAUGCUUCAGGGGUUGGAGAGAAUUCUAUACCAACAAUAUAUUUUUCUCAUACUGUUGAGCCUAAGAGGGUCCGAAUAAAUACUGGCAAGAAUACCACUUUAAAAUUCAGCGAAAAGAAAGAAGAGGCCAAACGCAAACGCAAGAACAGCACCAGCGGCGGCCACUCUGCCCAGGAGCUGCCCCUGAUCAGGACGCCCGCAGACAUCUACAGAGUCUUUGUGGACGUUGUGAAUGGAGAAUAUAUCCCCCGCAAAUCAAUCCUGAAGUCCAGGAGCAGGGAGAACAGCGUGUGCAGUGACACCAGCGAGAGUAGUGAGUUUGACGACAGGCGGGGGGUUCUGAGGAGCGUCAGCUGUGAAGAAGCCACUUGCAGUGACCCCACUGAGGGCCUUGUGGGGGAGGAGCCACAGCAGGACAGGGAGCCGAAGAGACUGUCGCCUGUGUCGGGAACACCCGAGGCUUUUUCUGGAACUGUAAUAGAAAAAGAGUUUUUAUCGCCCUCCCUAACACUGCACCCGGCCCUGGCCCAUCCUGUGCUGCCUACCAUCCCAGAACGAAAGGAAGUUCUGUCAGAGGCAUCGGAGGAAACUGUAAAGAGGGUUUCCAAGUUCAAAGCUGCCAGAUUGCAACAGAGAAACUAGGCCCUGCCUACGAAAUGGGAGUUCACAUCCUAAAGGCUACUUGUGCAUUUGUUCAGAGUUUAUAGCAAAAUAUGUUACAUGUAGUUCAAAAUAAGGCAUCCUAAGUUAGUUUGGCAACAGAUUCUUUUACCUUUAUCAGUGGUAUUUAAAAAAAAUCAAAGUGAAUGUUUGAAUACUUUAAUAUUUGGCUUGUGUUGUUAAUUCUCUGAACACUGUCGACACUCUCGUGUAAGUUUGCCUUAUGAUGCAGCAGCAGUGUUCUGAAUUACUUUUCAAAGAAUAUUGUUCAUAUGCAUUGUUUUGUGUUUCAAACUAAAUACAGGCAGUUUUGUACCAGCUGUGAUGUUGUGCAUACCAUAUGGACCAUUUUAAAGAAAAUUUUAAAAUUUUAAAUAGAUUCAACAGUUAUAUUAUUUGCUUUCGCGGUGUAAAGGCACUUAAAAAUCUACUAGUAGGUUUUGCAGCUAGGUGGCCAUUUAAAAACUAACCUGCCCCCUGUAAAUGUCAGACUAAUCUCUAGGGCAAAAAGCUACAUGGAGCCGGUGGGAACGUUUCUUCGGUUGGAAGUAUGAUAUUUUGUAAAACGUUUUUUUUUCCAAGUAAAAAUUUUAUGAAACUUGACCUCUAAAAUGCUGCGAGCUUUGUGACUCAGAGUGUGAGUGUCUGUGAUUCAUACAGGUGGGACCUGGGUUCUCGCAACUCCUUGGGCCCAUCUUUCUCUCUGGUGUGCACAGUGCUCUGGAGACGAGGGGUUGUCUGGAUGCUAAAAAACAGAUACCUUAAAUAAAAUUUUUAAUCAUGUCAACAUUU